ACAAUGUCAAAUUUUGGAGUUUGACAUUUUAUGAUUUUAAAAACCCCCUUUUUUUGAAUUUUGAAAUAAUUUGUUUGCUGUUUGAAGGAAGAUUAUUGGAAAAGGAUUAAUAAGUAAGAAUAAACUGACGCAACACCUCAAAGUAGUGUUUUGAAAAUGAGUGACGAUGAAGUCACAAUCAUGGAAGUGGAUGAACCGAAUCCAAAACCGAGCAAACCGGCUGCCUUGCCGAGCAAGACUUCCACUCUGCCAUGGAUAGAGAAGUACCGGCCGCAAAGCUUCAGCGACAUCGUGGGCAACGAGGACACGGUGUCGCGGCUGGCGGUGUUCGCGCGCGCGGGCAACGCGCCAAACAUCAUCAUCGCGGGCCCACCCGGCGUGGGCAAGACCACCACCAUCCUGUGCCUGGCGCGCGCGCUGUUGGGCGCGGCGCUGCGCGACGCCGUGCUGGAGCUGAACGCGUCCAACGACCGCGGCAUCGACGUGGUGCGCAACAAGAUCAAGAUGUUCGCGCAGCAGAAGGUCACAUUACCCCCAGGAAGACACAAAAUAGUAAUCCUGGAUGAGGCAGAUAGCAUGACAGAUGGUGCCCAGCAAGCCUUGCGCCGCACCAUGGAGCUAUACUCAAGCACCACUAGGUUUGCAUUAGCCGCCAACAACAGUGAGAAGAUCAUUGAACCCAUACAGUCUCGCUGUGCUGUGCUGCGGUACACCAAGCUCAGUGAUGCACAGAUAUUGGCCAAGGUGAUAGAAGUAUGUGAAAAGGAGAACCUCACAUACACAGAAGAUGGAGUGAAUGCUGUUGUUUUCACAGCUCAGGGAGACUUGCGCUCCGCCUUGAACAAUCUGCAGUCAACCGCACAGGGCUUCGGACACAUCAGUCCCGACAAUGUUUUCAAGGUGUGCGAUGAGCCUCACCCCAUGUUGGUGAGAACCAUGCUGGAGGCCUGCAGCCGGCAGGACAUGCACGCAGCGUACAAGGUGAUGGCCAAGCUGGUGAAGCUGGGCUACGCGGCGGAGGACAUCGUGGGCAACAUCUUCCGCGUGUGCAAGUCGCUGGAGCUGGCGGAGGAGCCGAAGCUGCGCCUCGUGCGCGAGGUGGGCGCCGCGCACGUGCGCGUGGCCGACGGCCUGCGCUCGCCGCUGCAGCUGGCCGCGCUGCUGGCCCGCCUGUGCCGCGCCGCCGGCUAGCUGUGACGUCACUGCGGGUGCAUUGCGACAUGCUGCUCAAUGUUGAAUGCUGUGAUUAUUUCAAUUAUGUGCUAUUAUAUUUUUUAUAGAAC